CGCGACUCCCAUGAUCUUGCCAUGGAUCAUCACACCAGGGACUCUGUCGUCGACAACAUGCUGCUAUCCUUGGACCAGAUAUCUUCCACCGGCCUCGGCGCCUUUUCUAAUCCUGCUGCCCCUUCACCGACCGUCUACUCUGGACCACAGCGGUUUGGCGAUACACCCCUAGGCUCUCCCGCAUUUCCUCCCCAGCCCAUCUGCGCUCCUCCACAGAUUCCCUCCUCGCGAAGAAACAGCAUUCGUUCUGCGACGAGCAGGAGUAGGAAGCCCUCGAGAAGUGCAUAUCCGGAUGCUGCCGUCAUGGCACAGGCAAACGAGUUCUACCGAGCAGCCGCUCGCGAUGGCGCUCAUGACCCCAUCGCUCCAGGUCCGAAUUCCUCGCCCAAGGAAAAGCCCGGCUUUUUCCGUCGAGUCUUUGGCGGCUCGUCGCGGAAGGAGAAUAAUCAACCAGCCGCCGCCCCUCCCCCACACACUGCCGGCCAGUCUACAUCUAACCAUCAUCAACAACCCCAGGUCUCCGCGCCACCACCACCCACCCUAAACAAGAAGCAUUCCUCCUUCUUUCGCCGCCGCAAGAAGUCGGUCGUCGAGACCUUGCCACCCACCCUGGUGCCGCUUCAGCUUCAAGCCAUCCGGAAUGCAAACGUCGAUCGUCCACAAGACAGUCCCGGUGCCAGCAGCCUGUACAAAGCAAUCGAUCCGUUCCUUCAUGAUGAUGACAACGCUGCCCGAAUCAACUCUGUAAGCGCACCGCGUCAACACAGCGGCAACUCAAAACCAGCAGACGACGACGACGACGACAACACUCCUCCCAUGCCCCAGCACGACGCAAGAAGAGUACGCGAGGGACAGGGUGUAGACUACUCGUGGCGUGGUGGCACAGAACAAUAUUACAGUGACGAUCCCCCACCACCAUCUCGCGGCCGUCUCGCGAAGAAUUUCGACAACACAAUGAACUCGGAUGGGCCGAAGCUCAAGCUCAAGGUCAAACGCGGCAAGGUCAUACCAGCCAGCGAGCAAGACACCACCUUCUUGGCCGACAGCAGCGGCGCAGAAGACCGAGAACCGACCGGCAAGCCUGCUACAACGACCUUGUCGACGCUCGGUCCGAAAUCGCCGACCCAUCCAGCAUCGUCAUCGUCAUCAUCAUCCACCACUCCAUUGCGAUCCCCUGCCGCGGCGGCGGCGGCAGACGUGCCGACUCCAAAGGCAAACUCGGCAGAGAAACUCAAUAGCACUGAAGCUGCUGCUGCUGCUGCUGCUGCUGCUGCAGGGCGGCCAAAUCAUAUUACCGACCACGACAACGACGAACAUGACGACCACGACCCCCACGAUGACCACGAGCCCACCGAAGAGGAUCGUGACAGGGCUGCAAAGAUCUUUGGCGGUGAUGAAGAGUUUACCAGCAAGUUCAAGGCCGCCGCCUGGCUCGGAGAGGCGUCCAAGAAGGCAUCCAGGACUCGCAAGGCCUACAUGGAGCUCUACGAAUGGUCUGGCCAGAGCAUCGUCUCGGCUCUGCGCGACAUGUGUACCAAGCUGCUCCUCAAAGCCGAGACCCAGCAGGUCGAUCGUGUCCUCGCGUCGUUUGCGCUGCGCUGGUGGGACUGCAACCCGAACAAUGGCUUCAAAAGUACCGAUCUCGUCCAUGCCAUCACCUACUCCAUCCUCCUGCUCAACACCGAUCUGCACAUGGCCGACAUUGAGCAGAAGAUGACGCGCGCUCAGUUUGUCAAGAACACCAUGCCAACCAUGCAGCCCCCGCCGAUCCGUCCUCGAUCGGGGCGCACGACACCCAGCGAAGAUAACAACAACAACAACAACAACAACAACAACGACCGCCCUUCUCUGGAAAGCAAGCGAUCGCGCAACCGUCUCUCGAUCCGACCGCCUGCCUUUCGCACAGAUUCAGACGACGCUCCGGCAGCCAACGCGCAUGCCGACAACUGCACCGUCCUGGUCAAGGCACCAUACGAAGGACCGCUCAAGGGCUGGGAGACGCAGGUGGAGAUUGUCCUCAAGGAGUUUUAUAAUUCCAUCCGCAACCAUUGCCUGCCACUCUACGGCGCAGAGCAGGAGCAGUCUGCCUACACAACAGCAACAAAGUCCUUGGCUGUCGGCUCGCACCUGAGACGGACACCCAGCGUUCUUAGCAAGGCAAACUCGGAGCAUCUGAGCUAUAGCGGCCGUUCGGUGGACUUUCGGACUAGCCAUGCCCGGUACAACUCGAAGAAUCGCUCGCGCCCUCAUCUCUAUCCAAACUCGACGGUCGGCUCGUCUCGCACCAGUCUGGACGACCAGUCCGUGUGGAGUCCGGCCCAGUCGAGUACGUGGAGCAAGUACUCGCUGGGCAAGACGCAAGCCUCGAUGAUGUCUGUCGACUCCUUGGGUUCGCAUUUUGCCGCGGCCGACUACCAGCAGUCGAUCGGAUUCGCCAACGCGCUCAGCCAGGCCAUCAUCCGCGAAGAGGGCAUACCCAACUCCCUCAGCAGCGAAGAGUUUACCAAGGUCGCACCGCUGCUGGAGGAUGAAAGCCUCGAGCUCGCUGGCGCCCCCUGGGCCAAGGAAGGCAUCCUGAAGCACAAGCAUCUCAUGGACGCGCCCGACAAGAAGGCCAAGGACCGUGGCUGGAGCGAAUGCUUUGCCGUGAUUGAAAAGGGCUACAUGCGCCUGUUUUCCUUUGGCAUGAACUCCAAGUCGCUGCGACACAAGAACAAGUCGAAGCUGUCGGGCGGCGGCGGCGGCGUCGUCGUCGGUGGUGGCAACUGGGCGGAGAAUGCGGAAAACAUGGGAAGCUUCCUGCUGCGACAGACGAUUGCAAACGCCCUGCCCCCGCCAGGCUACUCCAAGACGCGGCCAAACGUCUGGGCCCUCUCGCUGCCCGGCGGCGCCGUCCAUCUCUUCCAGGUCGGCACCGUCGAUAUCGUGAGAGAGUUUGUCUCGACCGCCAACUACUGGUCCGCCCGCCUGUCCAAGGAGCCGCUCACCGGCGGUGUCAGCAACAUCGAGUACGGAUGGGGCGAGAACGUCAUCAACUCGGCGCUGAUCCGCCCCGAGAGCAGCGCCGCCGCCGCAACAAACCACCACCACAACAGUGUUUCGCUUCCGCGCGCGAGCACGCAGUCUUCCAUCCGCAGCUCGCUCGACUACCAGGGCAAUGUCCGUGCCCGGCUGCCCGGCGACAAGGUGCACAUUUCCGAGUGGAAGCCGCCUGUGAGCUCGAUGAUGGCCAGCACGCUGCUUGCCGUCGACCAGCUGCGCGCGCUGCAGGCGUAUGUGCGCAACAUUGAGAGCGAGCUCGCGCGACACAACGACCUGCGCCCGCCGAUGCUCAUCGCCUUUAGCCCGCGACACCCGAAUGCCGGCAAGGCGCUGGCGAACUGGGAGAAGAAGAGCAGCUAUCUGCUCAAGGAGAUUGUCAAGUUCCGCACCUACAUUGAGGCCUUGCAGAGCGCCGAACGCGCCAAGCUGAAGAUUGCCCGCGAGAAGGACGCGGAGCGGGCCAAGGCGCAG